AAGGUGAAGGCAUCAGUUUUUCUCUUGACGUUUUCUUCCUGUAUCCAAUCUCUUCUAUCAAACUCUGCCCAACCCUCUCUCUCUAAAAAAAAGGAGAGCAGCUGAGGGCAAGGAGAGAGGAGCUUAUUUUUUUUUUCUUUGACCGCUGGUGUAUUGUUAUUGGAGAUAUUUUUUUUCGUCUCCGCGGCCCUCGACCCGGAUUCCGUCCGGCUUUGGUAUCACCGCCAUGAACGGGAAGGCCUCUGUUACCAAGGAGCUCAACGCUAAGCAUAAAAAGAUAUUGGAGGGACUUCUCAAAUUGCCAGAGAACAGAGAAUGUGCCGACUGUAAGGCCAAGGGUCCACGAUGGGCAAGUGUAAACUUGGGCAUCUUUAUUUGCAUGCAAUGCUCUGGAGUACAUAGAAGCUUGGGAGUUCACAUCUCAAAGGUGAGGUCUGCUACACUAGAUACGUGGCUUCCAGAACAGGUUGCCUUUAUCCAAUCCAUGGGAAAUGAGAAGUCAAAUAGUUAUUGGGAAGCAGAACUUCCUCCAAAUUAUGAUAGGGUUGGAAUUGAAAAUUUUAUUCGAGCAAAAUACGAUGACAAAAGAUGGAUACCAAAGAAUGGAGCAUUUAUAUCUUCAAAGGCACCUGAAGAACGAACCUACGAAUCCAUGGAGAAAUCUGUAGGUAGAGGUGAGCAUAGGAAUAGUAAUAGUUUGGGGUCAAUGGAGGAGUUUAAAAAGGUUUCACCUCAAACUAUAAGGAAGAAUGCUGUGGCGGCUUUUAAAACUCCUGCUCAAUUAACUAUGCAGGUUUCCAAUGAACCGAAUACUGAGCCAGCAUUGCCAAAGGCUGAUACUCCACAACCAGCAGAGAUGCCUCACCCAGGAGUUGAAACUGCAUCUACUCAAGUUAAUCCCCAACGCAGCACUAAAUUUUCUUCACAUGCCAAAUUUACCCCAACAGCUGAACCUACAGUACCUCCAAAAAUUGAUUAUGCUACCGAUCUUUUUAAUUUGCUCUCUAUGGACAGUUCAAUGGGAACCGAGUUUGGGUCAUCACCAAAUGAAGAUAAUUCUUGGGCAGGGUUCCAGUCCGCAGAGAAUAAUAUUACAACAAAAUCUGUUGGAAACACUAUGCAGUCUGCUGCUCUAAUCGAUGAUCCAUUUAAAGAUUCAGUAUCUGUGACACAGACAGUUGCUCCAGUGAAAUCACAAGCAAAUGUGAAGAAUGAUAUAAUGGGUCUAUUUGAAAAGUCCAAUAUGGUUGCGCCCUAUGCUAUCCAUCAACAGCAGCUUGCAUUCCUUUCCCAGCAACAGGCUCUUCUCAUGGCUGCUACUAACUCUGGUGUUAAUCCUCCAAUGAUUCCAUUGAAUCCCAUUCAAUCUGGCAUCAAUGUUUGCAAUGCAUAUAGUGGGGGUCUCCCAAGUCAAAGCUGGCCAACUCUUGGUUAUUUUGCCCCAGGAACAGUGCCAGCGGUUGGGCAAAAUGCGCUCAACAACUUUAGUCAGACUGGGAAAAUUAAACCUACAUAUCCUGCAAGCUAUGGAUCUUUGCCUACACCCAGCAUGUACUCCAUGAACUACUCAAGUACACCAAUCAAUGGAGUGGCCAUUGGAGGAGCAGUGAGGCUUUCUACACCGGCUGCGUCUUCUGCAACUGCCACACAAUCAGGCAAGGAGUACGACUUGUCAUCGUUAAUGCCAGGGAUGCUCUCAAAGCAAUGAAAGCGCCAGAACCGAGACUCUGAUUUGGUUUAACUAUUUGAAGGAAAAUUUUUCUUGGUGGUCCAAUGAUGAUUAAGUUAGCCGCUUGUCAUGGAGACACUUCAAUUUUUAUUUGCCGGAUUCAUUUUAUAGAGUGAGCGUCCAGAAUGAAUAAGGGACCUCCCAAUUGUUUGGCACCCGUUCCUAUAGUGUGCUUGUAAUGGAGGGGCACUUACAUCAUUUAGAUAGAGAAAGUUGAAGUUCUGGGUAGAGUACGGAAAGUUAAAAUAGUAAAAUUGUUAUUCUCAUAAAAUUAUUGCUGUAUUUGAGGUUUGGAUAGUCAUGGAUUUGUGCCUGUAACUUUAGAUAACGCUCAUCUCAUACUUUGACUUGCCCAAAACAUGUAAUUAUCAAAUUUGAUCAUUAGAGCGGUGAUUUAUAU